AAAGCCGGUGAGCAAGAUGAAGAUUGCCAUGAUGAGCAUGCCCCGGGCCAUGCAGGCCCUGCCUCUUGACCACUCUGCAGGCGACAUGGACACGGCCCCCGCUAGCAACAAAACCGAGGACCAAGUGAAGCACCUGCUGCUGCAAGCAGACCCCAGGAAGAUGUUCCCGGAACUGAAGGACAACCUGAUGGACAACCUGAAAAGCCUGAAGAACACCAUGACUGAUGUAGACUGGAAGUCCUUUGAAUCCUGGAUGCACAAGUGGCUGCUGUUUGAAAUGGCCAAGAACCCCAAGCCGGAGGACCGUAAGGCGAUCCCGGCGGAGAAAGUGCAAACUAAAUGCCAGGCGGAGGCCAAUUCUGGGGUUGUCCGGCCGGGUUAC